GUUCCGGGACGGGUUCCAGGUGCCAGCGAGUCCUGUAAGGUUCGCGUGGAAAUUGGGGUCAUGGCCGCGCCCGGCCCAGCGCUCUGCCUCUUCGACGUGGACGGAACCCUGACGGCCCCGCGACAGAAAAUUACCAAAGACAUGGAUUGCUUUCUACAAAACCUGAGGCAGAAGAUCAAAGUUGGAGUCGUAGGCGGGUCGGACUUUGAGAAAGUACAGGAGCAACUGGGAAACGAUGUGGUUGAAAAAUAUGAUUAUGUGUUUCCAGAAAAUGGCUUGGUAGCAUACAAAGAUGGGAAACUCUUGUGCAAACAGAAUAUUCAAUGUCACCUGGGUGAGGCCCUAAUCCAGGAUUUAAUCAACUACUGUCUGAGCUACAUCGCGAAAAUUAAACUCCCGAAAAAGAGGGGUACUUUCAUCGAAUUCCGAAAUGGGAUGUUGAAUGUGUCCCCCGUCGGAAGAAGCUGCAGCCAAGAAGAACGCAUUGAGUUCUACGAACUGGAUCAGAAAGAAAGUAUAAGACAGAAAUUCGUGGAGGAUCUGCGGAAAGAGUUUGCAGGGAAAGGCCUCACGUUUUCCAUAGGAGGCCAGAUCAGCUUUGAUGUCUUCCCUGACGGAUGGGACAAGAGGUAUUGCCUGGGACAUGUGGAAAAGGACGGCUAUAAGACCAUUUAUUUCUUUGGUGACAAAACCAUGCCAGGCGGGAACGACCACGAGAUCUUCGCAGACCCGAGGACGGUGGGCUACACCGUGACGGCGCCCGAGGACACACGCAGGAUCUGUGAGGGGCUCUUCUGCUGUUGACCAUCCCUCUCCCCGUGGAAGGGGGGUCCCGCCACGCCCACCCCCAGCCCACUGUACAGUUGUCACUUGGGUCCUCACUCAGCAGGGAAAUGGCCCUCCGCCUCCAGUGCUAGAAGCAGCCAGAAGGGAGUAGAAAAGGCUUGUCGAGAAUGGUUCAAAGGACUGCCUCCAACAGAGGGUUUCGUUCCCACCCCAAGUCUCAGGACCCCCAGCCCUGCCCUGAUAUGUGUGAUCACAGUACACCUGGGGUUUUUUUGUUUUUAAACUUCCCCAUCAUUCUAGAAUGAUACAGGAAGAACGAGUGUGCCUGGACCCUCCCUCUUUCCUCAUGGGUCCCGUGGAAAAUGUAACAGAUAUUCACGUUGGGACCCUCUGCAUCAGUACCAGGAGGGGGGCUUUGGUGAUGAGAAAGAAAGGACAGGAUGUUUACAGUGAUCUGACCCUGGAACAGAUGGUUGAAAACACUUCCAGAAAUGUAGCUCCCCCGUGAGAACACUGGCCGAGUGACCACUGACCCCGGGGACUUUGCACCUAGCUGGCCCAGGAAGCAGGGGUAGCUCUGUAUCCACUACACUUUGAAGAGCCCACUGGUUUCCUAGCCAUUGGGACAGAGGCAGUGGAACCAGCAACCCCGCCGAGAACUGGCACACGGCCCUCCCGGCACGCAGCUCUGAGCCCAGGCCCAGAGACUAACUGGGGUGGUCGCACUUCACCCAAAGAACCUCCUGCUGUCCCCAGGGCCUGUGUGCCCUAGUUCCUCAGGGAUCAGGGGAGAGCCUGAACUAACAGAUCAGGAGCUGUACUGUUUCUCUGCCGAUCUUUGAAUAAUGAGCCCUGCCGUGGUCAGGCCUGCAACCCUCACUCCUCCCUCCCGCCUUCUGCAAGUUCCUUGUAUAACUGGAAGGCAGCUCGGAGCCUCGUCCACAGCACAGAACACGGAAGAGAGCUUUCCAAGAAAACGGUUGCUGUGUUGCUUUUGAGCAUCUCCCUCCACAGACCAGUGCCGGGGCCGGCGUCAGUCCAGGCAUGGCCUCUGCUGGGGGCUUGCAGACCUGAAUCUGAAGUGGAGAUUGCAGAGGUGCUCUGAGUAGCCCACCUCUCGGCCCCGACCAGGUACCUUCAUCACAGAGGAAGCUGGUUCCCCCCAACCCUCCCCCAGCCCAGCUUGUCUCAGCUCAGGAUCAGUGCCAGGCUGCGAGGUCAGCCCCCUCACCUGCCCAGGGCCACACACUGGGGUGACAGUUCUCACUGGUUUCCAGGACUCUGCCGUCCUGUGGCAUCCUUCCUGGCUGAAUUUUACACGAUACUGUAAUGAUCUUUCAAAAUGAAAAGUAACAAACUAAAGUGAUUUUAUUGUUUCCUAUUUUUCAUUCUGAUUACUGUUUUCUCCUCGAGUUAAGUCAGUUGGUAUCUUCUCAGAUUCUGGGGGAAAGAGCUCAGCCCUCUUGGACCUGAGGUGCCACUCGUUGCGACGCUGACGUUUCCACGAUGUUGGGGGUUGUACUUUCCAACUGGCAUAGACCCUUCCUCCAGGCUUUUCUGCCCACUGGGUAAGGAUCCAGUAUUCCCUAGAAGUUUCCUUAACUUAUAUAUCAAAGCGAGACAACUGAGUCUUACUCAGACUUGUCCCAACCUUCAUGAGGUGGAGGGUGUGCUGUUUCUCCGCCCUGCACAGGUACCCCGAGGCCAUCAGCCUGGGCCCCCUCCCCUGCACUGUCACAAUUCCCUCAGCCUGCCUCCCCACGUCCAACGACUUCAGACUGCGCCAUCCUUCCCCUGCUGCUGUCGUCUUAUCCUGGUCCAAGCUCCCCGGCCAUGUAUCCCACCUCUUCUCUCUUUAGGCUUUCCCCAGCACCCGCCCCCCCUCCCCAAGGGCCUCCCCAGCCGGGCUCUGUGGUGGGGACAUCAGGUAAUAGUAGGUAAGUAACCUGCAGGCAGCAGCGGCUGAUGCCUUACACGUGCUCGCAAAGCAGCAGCUUCUGUCGUUGGCAGGUAAGAGCCGGCUGCCAGGAUUCAGAUCCUAGUUCUGCUGCUGACUGGCUGUGGUGGAGGACGAGUUCACCCCAGCCUCAGUUUGCUCAUCUGUCGAAUGGGAUUAUAGUCCCUACCACACAUGUAACUUAAUCGCGUUAACUUCAGUGAAGCACUUAGUGUGAGCUAUCGCUAACUUAAUCAUCCCCAGAAACCCUGUAAGACGGGACUGUCAACUCUGCUUGACAGAAGAGGAUAAGUCAUUCCCUCAGCCUUCUGCGGUUCCAGGAUGGUAGACAACAUCACAAGAAAUGUAAACACGGUAGCUAAAUGCUGAGCAAGAGGGAAGCAAAGAGGUUGCCCCAGGUCAGCGUGGGGCUGUUAAGAAAGCUUCCUCCUCCCCUUCUCCACCACCUGCCCCCACCCCCUGCACUGCAGAAGCUGACCAGGUAUGUAGCCCCGGGCUCUAGGGCUUAAGAAGCCUCAAGGGAAAGACCACUAGUAGCUACUGGCCGCGGGGAAGGCCCAUAUAAAGCUCAGUGAGGAGCCUGAACUUGAUCCCGAGGGAGGGGCCGGGGAGGCCCGUCAAGGGUACGUCUGUGUCUGUCUAGCUCCCCGGCGGGGAGUGACUGGAGGACCAGCAAGAAACAAGUUUGGCAGACAUUUCGGUGAGGCGAAGGUGGCCUAGGUGGCCCUGAAUCACUUCCUCUCCGAGGGCUGCUUCCCUCUCCUGCCCAGACAGGGCCAACUCGGCCAGGCCUCCAGGCUCCCUUCCACAUCUGCCCACCCCCCGCCCCCCUCACCCUGGCUUCUGCCAAACCCUCCCUCCCUCGAGCCGCAUGGCACCACAUCUGUUUGGGGUUCAAUGCCUACUCCGGCCUUUCCCAAAUCAGGUUCGAUGGGCUGGUUAUAAUUUUUCCUAAUGCACUCUAAAAAUCUGUCUAUUUUUACAAUGAAGAUGUUCACCUCUGCACACCCAAAGCCAUUAUCUACCUCCCGAGGGAAGCGCUGGCCAAGGAAGACCUUCGCAGCCUCCGUGCCCCCUGCAGCUCCCUGCUGCGCUCCUGGAAACCGAGAACCUGGGCUGCCUCCCCUCGCACUUCCCUACUUUCCUCCGCUGGACCGCCCUUGGUCAGACUCUGCUCCGGCUCACACAGGACUAAUUUAAAUGCAUCAACAGGGCGUUUAUCCAUGGCUGACCACGUAAGUGGCAUUUUCUGUUGUCACUAAGCCACAUCCCACUGCUAAGCUUGCCUACGCACGAGGAUGACGAUUGAGGAAGAAGGGCCGAUCCCAUUUUCUUAUUCAUCCCCCAGAAAACCAGACUGCAAAGUAGAAUGACUGUCAGCCUCCUUUGGGGAGACGCCCUUAUCUGCUGGCUUCAAGGAAAAGCUCCCUGGCAGCAGCCAGAUUCCAUUAACAUGUAACGCAGAGCCUCACAUAAAAGCAAAACAGACUUUACUGAGAGAAUGGUGCUGGUGGGAGGAGACUUGCAGUCAGGAAUCCGGAUUCUGUGCCCAGCGCCCAACGUCCAUCCUCCCAGAGCCUCCCAGAGCCUCCGGAGUUUCUGUAACUUGAGACUGUGCUUGAGUGGGGAGGGGUCCCUUCCAGCUCUGACUGAGAAAGAUGUGGUCACCAGGAAGGACAGAGCAAGAACCAUUUACAAAGGAGUCGACACAGCGAGAGAGCCCAAAGUUUAGCUCAGAAGAGCAGAUCCAACUCCCAGCCCGCUGGCGGGCUGGCAAGUCACACGGAGCCCCAACCAUGGGCCAAGGGGAGGACAAGGCAGUGGACACCUGUGGGAGCAGGUGGAGGGAAGGCGCAGGCUCUCGACCUCUGGGAGCCUGCAUGGGUCUCGUGAAGUGGCUCUGGAAGCGUGGUCUGUACCCAACAGACAGGUCUCCAGGGGCCACCUGGGGACCAUCCAAGGCUGGAGGGGAGAAGGCCACCGCGGGGCAGCAGAAGGCAGAGGCAGGAGGACCCUUCGAGGGGCACGACAGGCCAGGAAAUAGGAUCAACGUCCUUAACUACGAUGUUUCACAGCAUACUGGUAACCAAUACACUUACUUGCCUAUUUAAAACAACUCCGGUGGUCAUUUUGUGAUGUAUGAAAAUAUCAGAUCACUGUGUUGUGCACAGGGAACUAACAUAGUGUUAUAGGUCAGUUAUACUUUAAACACACACACACACACACACACACACACACCAGUCUUCAGCAAAAUAGUUCUGGCCUUCCACACACACACACACACCAGUCUUCAGCAAAAUAGUUCUGGCCUUCCACACACACACACACACACACACACACACACACACCAGUCCUCAGCAAAAUAGUUCUGGCCUUACACACACACACACACACACACACACACACACACACACACAGCAGUCCUCAGCAAAAUAGUUCUGGCCUUCCACCCCCUUGCAAAAAUUCACAGAUUUAAGACACUGGAUUAGGCUGUCGUCUUUCAAGGGCUCGCCUCCCUGCGCUGACAAAUGGACACUUGACUACAUACAGGCCACAUAUUUCAAGACGUAUUUCCCAGCUAUUGCUAUUUUUAAAACACAACUAAAGCCAGACCAAACCACAGCAAAGAAAAUCCUAAGGAUUUGUUUACUGGAAAUAUCUACAAAGGUUUGCAAUGUCGGCAACAAAGUGCAAACAGAGCUGGCUCUGGUGAGAACUUCAGUUAUGAAAUAAAAAAAAAAAAAAGAAAAUCCUAAGCAGUUCUUCACACCAGUUUUCCAGAAAACCCCACCAAAGGUGUAUUUCCCCUUCAACUUCUGACUUUACCAGGCUCUCAGGAAGCAAACCACGUGCUCUUUUCUAGAUGGAUCCAGAGAAAGGUCUGGUCUUAAACAGCCUCCCCCCUCCACACUCCCCUCUCCCACCCACCACCUCAGUGAGGGGGCUGCUGAGCCAGGAUCACUCAACCUGAAGACAGACAGAAAGGACCAGGCUUCGAAGAGAGUUAGGAUUCGCCUCUGAGCACGUCGCUGCCAGGUGUAGGACUCCGGGCUCCCAGACACCCAGCUGUGACACCUCCCACUGCAAAGGUACCAACCUCGCCCCACUUCCCACCCCUCCCAGCCCCCUGAACAACCAGCUGAGAACCAGAAAGAAAAGCCUGCUCUGCCCAGGGCCGAGGAGAGACACAGGGGGCCGCUUGGGUGGGAAUUCCUCCCGGGAAAACACACAAGGUCCAUGUCA